AUGUCUCUCCCCAGUUUAUCGGGGCGUCAAAGCUCGAGUGAGCCACCAAUGUUCUCGCUAUUGAAUCGUGCAUUUGCUCCGAAGAUGGGUGAUGUGGAACCAGUUGACCAAAAGAAGUACCUUGAAGACUCUUCCAAGCCCAAGUGUGUUAGACCUCUCAUUGAGUAUCAGGCAUGUGUGAAAAGGGUAGAGGGAGAUCAAAGUGGAGAAAAACAUUGCACUGGACAAUACUUUGAUUACUGGCAUUGUAUCGAUAGAGCUGUUUCACCUAAGCUGUUCGAUAAACUCAACCGGGCAAGUCAACAUAGUAAAAGGCCUUUCGUGUGUCUUCUCUCUUCCAUUUCACUGCGGCUUCAAACCCUCAUACGUUUGGCUCGAUUGAACGGGUUGUUUACAAGUCCUCGCUUAAUCGUAUUCCUUAAUAACCUAUCUUUCCAUUUUUGUGUAAUUUUCUUCUUCUCUACAAGGGCGGAUGAAGAACCAGUUGACCAAAAGAAGUACUUCGAAGAUUCAUGCAAGCCCAAAUGUGUGAGAGCUUGGCUUGAAUAUCAGGGAUGUGUGAAAAGGGUGGAGGCAGAUGAAAGUGGGCACAAGCAUUGCACGGGGCAGUAUUUUGAUUAUUGGCAGUGUGUUGACAAAUGUGUUGCACCUAAGCUAUUUGAGAAACUCAAGUAAUGGAAGAGAUUUCUACUGUUGAAAAAUCAAAAGUUGUGUAACAUGAAUUUGAUGGAGUUUAUGUUUUAUCUGCUUUGAGUGGUGGUUUAAUGAAGUCCCCUUUGUGGACUCUAUUUAUAAACUUUGAACCUUUGCAAAAUUAAUUUUCAUUUUCUUUCUUACCCAAAUUGUGUUGCAAACAUCUAAAAACCUAAAAUAAAUAGGUUUUAUGAGCGUAGG